UGCCCCGGCCGCACGAUGCCCCUGCAGAUCUUCUGCACCGUGUCCUUCUCCCGCGAGGACAGGCAGGCGGCUGCGGCGGCCGCCGACGGCGGCACCGGCGAGGACGGGGCCGACGAGAUCCUCUACGGGCAGGAGGAGGACGAAGAGGAGGAGGAGGCGGCGGCGGCGGCCGCAACCGACCUGGUGGCCUUCGCCGGCAGCUGCACCCUGCACGGGCUGAGCCACAUCUUCGUGGAGGGCAGCGUGGGCGCCCGGCAGGCGCUCUGGGCGCUCGCCUUCCUCCUCUCCCUCUCCGUCUUCCUCUACCAGGUGGCCGACCGCGUCGCCUGCUACCUGCAGUACGAGCACGUCACGCUGCUGCGCGAGGAGCAGAGCGCGGCGCUCGCCUUCCCCGCCGUCACCUUCUGCAACGUGAACCGCGCGCGCCUCUCGCAGCUCAGCCCCCACGACCUGCUCUACCUGGCGCCGCUGGUCGCCUACGAGCCGGGCAUCGCGCCGGGCUUCGCCCCGCGCCGCCCCGAGCCCCUCGGGGAYGAGGACGAGCCCCUCAAUCUGCACGGGUUCUUUAACCGCACGUGCCACCGGCUCGAGGACAUGCUGCUGAGCUGCAGCUACCGCGGCGAGCGCUGCGGCCCCGGGGACUUCGCCGCGGUGAGUAGCCCCGUGCCGGCCGUGCCCAACCGCAACCACAACGCCAAGAAGAAGAAGAUGGCAGACAAGAUCCUACCUCAGCGGAUUCGUGAGCUGGUCCCCGAGUCCCAGGCCUACAUGGACCUGCUGGCCUUCGAAAGGAAGCUGGACCAGACCAUCAUGCGGAAGCGCCUGGAUAUCCAGGAGGCCCUGAAGCGACCCAUUAAGCAAAAGCGAAAGCUGCGUAUUUUUAUCUCCAAUACGUUCAAUCCAGCCAAGUCGGACGCCGAGGAUGGCGAAGGAACUGUUGCCUCGUGGGAGCUGCGGGUGGAAGGACGGCUCCUGGAGGACUCUGCUUUGUCUAAAUACGAUGCCACCAAACAGAAAAGAAAGUUCUCGUCCUUCUUUAAAUCCCUGGUCAUUGAACUUGAUAAAGACCUGUACGGCCCCGACAAUCACCUGGUAGAGUGGCACAGGACGGCCACGACCCAGGAGACGGACGGCUUCCAGGUGAAGAGGCCGGGCGACGUGAACGUGCGCUGUACCGUCCUGCUGAUGCUUGACUACCAGCCUCCCCAGUUCAAGCUGGAUCCGCGCCUGGCCCGUCUCCUGGGCAUUCACACCCAGACCCGCCCCGUGAUCAUCCAGGCGCUCUGGCAAUAUAUUAAGACCCACAAGCUGCAGGACCCCCACGAGCGGGAGUAYGUCAUCUGUGACAAGUACCUGCAGCAGAUAUUUGAAUCCCAGCGGAUGAAGUUCUCCGAAAUCCCCCAGCGGCUUCACGCGUUGCUUAUGCCCCCGGAACCGAUCAUCAUUAACCACGUGAUCAGUGUUGACCCAAACGACCAGAAGAAAACAGCCUGCUAUGACAUUGAUGUGGAGGUGGAUGAUACUUUGAAGACUCAGAUGAAUUCCUUCCUGCUCUCUACGGCCAGUCAACAGGAAAUUGCUGCUUUGGAUAACAAGAUUCAUGAAACAAUAGAAACAAUCAACCAGCUGAAGACGCAGCGGGAAUUCAUGCUGAGCUUCGCCCGAGACCCUCAGGGCUUCAUCAACGACUGGCUACAGUCCCAGUGCCGGGAUCUGAAGACGAUGACUGAUGUUGUGGGGAACCCCGAGGAGGAGCGUAGAGCCGAGUUCUACUUCCAGCCGUGGGCUCAGGAAGCCGUGUGCCGAUACUUCUACUCCAAGGUGCAGCAGAGGCGGCAGGAGCUGGAGCAGGCCCUGGGAAUCCGGAACACAUAGGCUGCUUCCUCUGCGUYCAGAAGGCACCUCAGCUACUUGUGGAGGCGGAGAGCUGCGGAGGAUGCUGUUAAUCCCACUCCGGCACYGAGGCCUGCGCCACCAUCCAUGCUGGCAUUGUCCCUCUGGGCUCUCCUGGGGUGUGACAAGCAGACAGGCUCCAACGAGCACACACUUCUACCUGGUUUUCCUUCUGACUGUUGCCUUGUCAGUCCCAAGGCUUCCGCGAGCCUCCCCGUGGCUCCRCACCGCCUGUAGUGUCCCCCGUAGCCGGUACGACUGCUGUCUCGGAACCCCUCGAGCUCAGAAACCCUGAGCAGCCUCCCCUCCUCAACUAGCACCUAGUCGUGGCGCAGGCGGGACACGGGCCUGGGCCRCCAGCUCUGCUUCCAGCUCUGUCGCGGGGAUGGAGCCCUGUGAGCAGCGUCCUCCCUGCUUGGUUUUUAUAGUGAGGUGCCCUCCUGCUCCGAGGGGGCUGCUGCUGCACGGCAUCACCUCCCGGGUCACUCCUUGAGGAAGAGUUUACCCGACUCCAGAGAACUGCUCCUUCCCUUGUCCCUUUUCUGUUUCCCUCGUUUCCUUYGUGUCCUUGGGCAGGCUGUCCAGGCCAGGGACGGGAGGCGCUGGCUCCGGGCAGGGAUGUGGAAGCGCCGGACCAGGGCUCCUGGGUUUGAUGUGCGGGGUUACGGGACAGGCUGUGGGGCAGACGCAGCUCCGUGCGUCGGGUUUCCUCGCUGAAGCUCCUCGUUGGGCAGUUUUAGGUUGUGGGGCUGCUGUAAGGCCCAGCAUGGAUCAGGAAUGUACAAGUGGAUUUUCUCAACCUUGGGGAGUAGCAGCCUGGCUGCUUCUCCAUKGAAUGAAUUAACAGUGAAUUAAUUAAUGGUUAGGAGUAAGAGAAUGGAUUCUCUUAACCUGAAUCUCAGUAUUUCUGCUCGGGCCUGAAAUGCAAAGGACCUCAAAAGCUGGUCAUGUUCUCUCGGAGCCAGCCCCAAAAUCAUGUUACUGACGAGCCCCCCCGUAGUCCGCCCCAUCCCGGGGUGGCCGGGAAGCUCACUCUGAAUUUGGGAGCCCGGGUGGCCCUGCUGCUCGUGUCUGUGUUACUACAUGUCUGUGAGUAAUAGACUCUCGACUCCCUUCUCCUCUGCCCCUUAUGAAGCGGCUCCUCUGUGGCACCGGGGUGAAGGUCUUGGUGCUGACGAAGCAGCUACUGACUCCUCAGGGUGAUCACACGUGAAGGAUGCUGAGUACUGCGUAGGCAAGCGUAGUUGUUGCAGAGUAACUGCUUUUCUUAACUGAUUAUUAUGUUUUUUUUUUCCAUGGACCAAAUUUUUUUUUUGUAUUGUACCCUUGUAGACGUCACCCGGUUUUAAUAAAAGCCUCGUGCGAGGGAA